CUCCGCGAGGGGCGCGCCGAGCCGGGCCGGGCCGGAGCGAAAGAAAGGGAAAGGAAGGGAAGGGAAAGGAAGGAAGGGAAGGGAAAGGAAAGGAAGGAAGGGAAGGGGUUACGGCGGGAUGAGGCCGAGUGGGGUGCGGGUGGUGUUGCUGCUACUGCUGCUGGUUCUGGCCCAGAUCGCCGUCCCGGCGCGGGGUGCGGCAGCCGAGGAGGACGACAACGAGCACGGAGAAUCAGUUACAAAAGAAGAUGAUGAUGAUGAUGAUGAUGCUGGCAGUGAAGAUGAUGAUGAUGAUGAUUCUGAAGUUAAAGAAGAAAAUGGUGUAUUAAUCUUGAACGAUGCAAACUUUGACACCUUUACUGCAGACAAGGACACUGUUCUGCUGGAGUUCUAUGCACCAUGGUGUGGGCACUGCAAGCAAUUUGCUCCUGAAUAUGAAAAGAUAGCCAAAACUCUGAAGGAAAAUGACCCUCCUAUUCCAGUUGCCAAAGUAGAUGCUACUGCAUCAACUUCGCUAGCAAGUCGUUUUGAUGUCAGUGGCUACCCAACCAUCAAAAUCUUGAAAAAAGGCCAACCUGUUGACUACGAUGGUUCUCGGACAGAAGAUGCAAUUGUGGCCAAAGUCAAGGAGGUUUCUGAUCCCAAUUGGACCCCUCCACCAGAAGCUACCCUGGUAUUGACCCAGGAUAAUUUUGAUGACAUCGUGAAUAAUGCUGACAUAAUCCUGGUGGAGUUCUAUGCACCAUGGUGUGGACACUGCAAAAGACUUGCUCCAGAAUAUGAGAAGGCUGCCCAAGAGCUCAGCAAACGCACGCCUCCUAUUCCUCUGGCUAAAGUCGAUGCCACUGCUGAAACUGAGCUUGCCAAGAAGUUUGAUGUUACUGGCUACCCAACUCUGAAAAUUUUCCGCAAGGGCAAACCUUAUGACUACAGUGGUCCCCGGGAAAAAUAUGGUAUUGUUGAAUACAUGACUGAACAGGCUGGUCCUCCAUCCAAACAGAUUCAAGCAACCAAGCAGGUACAGGAGUUUCUGAGGGAUGGGGAUGAUGUCAUCAUCAUUGGUGUCUUUAGUGGAGAGAAUGACAAAGCCUACCAGCUCUAUCAGGAAGCAGCUAAUGGUUUAAGAGAGGAUUACAAGUUCCACCACACCUUCAGCAAUGAGAUUGCAAAACUGUUGAAAGUAUCUCCAGGAAAACUGGUUUUCAUGCAGCCAGAAAAAUUUCAGUCAAAGCAUGAGCCCAAGAUGCAUGUUUUGGAUCUUAAAGACUCUGCAGAUGGAUCAGAGAUUAAAGAGCAUGUUCUAAAACAUGCUUUGCCUCUAGUGGGUCAUCGCAAACCUUCCAAUGAAGCUAAAAGAUAUGCCAAGCGUCCUCUAGUGGUUGUGUAUUAUUCUGUAGACUUCAGUUUCGACUAUCGUGUUGCUACCCAGUUCUGGAGAGGCAAAGUCCUGGAGGUGGCCAAAGACUUUCCUGAAUAUGUGUUUGCUGUUUCUGAUGAGGAAGAUUAUUCUUCUGAAAUAAAAGAUUUGGGCCUACUUGAGAGCGGAGAAGAUGUCAAUGUCGCCAUUCUGGAUGAAGGUGGCAAGAAGUAUGCCAUGGAGCCAGAAGAGUUUGACUCUGAUGUGCUCAGGCAAUUUGUGCUGGCAUUUAAAAAAGGAAAACUGAAGCCUAUUGUGAAGUCCCAGCCAGUGCCAAAAAGUAAUAAAGGGCCUGUGAAAGUGGUAGUGGGCAAAACUUUUGAUACUAUUGUAAUGGAUCCAAAGAAUGAUGUUCUCAUAGAGUUCUAUGCCCCGUGGUGCGGACACUGCAAGAAACUAGAACCCGUGUAUACUGAGCUAGGAAAAAAAUACAAGAAUGAGAAAAAUCUUGUCAUCGCCAAGAUGGAUGCUACUGCCAAUGAUGUGACAAAUGAGCACUACAAAGUGGAGGGAUUCCCUACUAUCUACUUUGCUCCAAGGGAGAAGAAGAACAACCCUAUUAAAUUUGAAGGCGGUGACAGAGAUUUAGAGCAUCUGAGCAAAUUUAUAGAGGAGCAUGCAACAAAACUCUCUAGAACAAAGCAAGAGCUUUAGAUAAUAUGAGAGUGGUGAAGAAAAAGUGCUUGUACAUUGUAGUUAAGGGCAAGUUACUGACAACUUUGAGAGAAGAAUAAGCAGUUUGAGCAACAAAAUUCCUGAGAAGUAAAGUUUCCUAUUGCAGUAUCUUUUUUUUUUAUAUGGCAUAAAAGUUUUUCUGGACACUGAACUUCUCUGAUAUGAAAGUCAUACACUAGUUACGGUUUUGGUCUUUGGAGAAAAAUACAUCCUUUAUUUUUUUUGACUAUUCUGAGCUUGAUCAUUUUACUCCAGUGCAACUGUUUUUUAAUGUAAAAGGUAUUACCAAAAAGAGGGAACCAGAUCUCUCUGCCAAACAGGUUUCUUUGUCUUAUUUGUUUGUAUGGUUAUUGGGGGGAACAGUGUUUUGAGCCAGUCUCCUGUUUUAUUUCUGUAUACCUAUUGAUUUGACUAUUUCACUGUAUUAAUUGCUGAGGGUAAGAACGGGAGUUUUCUAAAGCAUCAGUGAAUUAUUUGGUGCUAUUGAGAUAAGACUUACUAAAUGUGCUUCUAGACCUGGCUUUUUUUGCUUUCUUCCUCUCUGUAGAGAGUGAUGCUAAAAUAGCAAGUUUUUCUAAUGUACGUUUCCUUACUAGUCCAUAUGGACUCAUUUAUAUCUUAGUCUUCCCAUGUAUGUUUUGGAGUAAUUGGAGUGCAGCAGAAAGCAUCUAGUUGGGUAGUGAUGCUUGGAUUCUGGUGUCAGGUCUGUUAUUGUUUCCUUUUGCAGAAAGUGUUUGCUAGUAGAUUGUUCUUUGGUGAAGCAGAUCAGUACCUUCUGAUGGACUUUAUUUCUGUGGCAGUUUCUGCAGGUACAAAGGAUGAUCACAUUUACUCUGUGCUCCACUUGGCAGUAUGUGCACUUGAGAGUGGAUUUUGAUGUUGAAUGCCCUAAUACAGUUUAGUCCAUACAUUUAUGGGCCACGUUGGGUUAGCAGGCUGAUGUGCUACAGAAGCACUGUCUGCCUCUUCUCAGAGCUGUGAUGCUGCCAUGUGUGUGACUUGAGUAUCACUGAGGCAGUUUUGAUACAUAUUUCAUUCUACAGGUAGUGCUUCCAAGUGUUUCUUAGUUUUACUCCUUUUCAGUUCUUUGGAGGGUGUGCAAAUCUAAAACCACGACCCAGUCUUUUUUUGUUUGGGGACAUAGCCUUGUGGUUAGCAAAGGUUAAACCCAUGUCCAGUAAGUUGCUGUUAAGGUGUAGUCUAAGGACCUGAAAGGGCCUUCAAGGGGAUAAUCCUUACACUUUCUGAUGUACCUCCCUAGUGCCUUGACCGGAGUACUGUUCCUGACUGUUAACAGCCUACAUAACAAAGUGUGCCUAUUGAAUUGUUCUUACAGAGGUCUUGCAUGAAGGCUUUCUCUUAAUUAACAAUUUACCUGAAGCUACUGAAAAAAGCUUACCAGCAGAUGAUGAAGUGUAUCAAAUCUCCAUGCAGUGCUGGGGUGUGCUUGAAUGCAGUUCAGCUCCUGUUGCUUAGCAGCAAAAACUGGGAAGUGAUACGCAGUUAUAGAGGAUCAGAUCUCAGUUGCCCCUUGGUGUUAAAGCAGUGCAAAUCAGUCAUUUCAGGCCCUGCGACUGCCAGUCUCCUUUUUGUGACAGCUUUUUCUCUUCUGUCCUUAAGUGUAAAGGUAUGUGUUAAGCUUAGGCGGUAUUUCACCUCCAAGACACCAAGUGCGUUAUCUUUCCAUCACUUGUUCUUUUCUGUUUGCAGCUUUUCUGUAGAGCCUUCAAAAGGUCUGUGAUGAAUGCACGGAGGCCACAGGGACAAGAUCAGACUUAGCUGAACACAAGCUUACAUUAGAGGUGACUUUCUUCAGCUUUAGAAAGUAUCCAUCAGACAAGUAGUAAGCUCUGUCCUGCCUGCAUGUUGAGAUCAACUCAAGUUUAAUAAUCCAACAAGUAGGCACUGACUUUCUAAAUCACUUCUUAAACAUAGUUACAUCCCUAAGCAAAUGCCUCGCUAGGGAAGGAGGGAACUAAAUUGCUCUUGCUUAUUAGCUGCAGGUUUGUAGGCAUUUAUUUCAAAACAGAUGUCAUCUAACCAACAGGAGUACAUGGGUAAAUAUGGAACAUGUAGAUGGGAGCGUAUGAAGUCCCCUAUUAGUGGGGACUGUAGUCUGGGCUGAAGCUCCAUACUUUCCAAGCCAGUGUCAAAAUGGAGCGUAAGUUUCUCACCUGCCUUCUUGCAAGUGCUACCUGAUUUUCCUUGAUUUUCACUUCUUACAGAGGAAAAAAAAUAAGGCAUGCACUGCAGAAGAACAAGGGAGCUUUCCUGACUUUUUGUUACCUACAGCUGCAUGAGAAAAUGGCGUCAUUUCUAGUUACAGUUCCAGAUGGAAGAAAGCCUGCAAUUUAUGCUUCAGCACAGGACUAAUUUGUGUGGCAAUAGUAGUACCUAGCCUGGCCUGUUGAAAAUAUCUCCCCCACACACAUUCUCUAGAAAACAAAAACAUUUCUGUAAACCGUAGUACAUUUUUAAGUAGUCAGACUUGGGACUUCUUCAAGGCUGUAUCUUUCACUUCCAGGACCAAGGACUAAGGUAAGCGGCAACUCUAGCACAGCCAGUGAGGACUGAGUUUUUUCAUAAUGGAAGAUUGAUUGUUAACAGUAGAGGGCCAGGUCUUUCUAUAAUCAAGGUUAUUAUUUGGUUUCCACUUUAAACAAUUUUAUACUUCAAAAAUGUUAAAUUAUUGUGAUGCCUGGAUAUGACCCAAGAUUGGACUAGUGGCAUGCAAGCAAGGUACUGCAGAGCUGAAGACUACACACGGUUUCUCUGUCCUCUUGUACAUGAGGCUGUGUGUUCAGGAAAAUGGGCUUCUAAAAGUGGAACAUAAGUAAGAAUAUAUGAUAUACCCUCAAGGCUUUUCAGAAAGUAUCAUGGUCAAAGUCAAGUCAUCAAACUUGCGUGUAAUUUCUUUUGUGGCAGGCAAGGGAAACCCCUACAAGCUGUCCAUGGUUCAGAAGGUUUUUUGUUCACAGCCUGCAUUGGUAAUUCACAGGGAUCAGAGGACCAAGUACUGAGUCCUUGAUGUAGGUUAAGGGGUACUUCAAGCCCUGUGCAAACUACUUAAUCCACCUAGUGAAACUAGUACAGUGUCUUGAAUUUGUUAAGCAGUUUGGCUUCUGUUUGCUGUGCUCCAGUUUUCAGUGCAGAACAGGGAUCUGUGAGCAACCCUAACCGAAGGCACUGAAAUGCUGGAGCAUCUUUUCUUAUUUGCCAGGCAUUUCUGGGACUCAGCUAGAAGUGCUGCACAGCUUGAAGUAUGGACAUGUUGCAGUCGAUGGUUAGGGGAGGGCUUUUGAUUACCAACUACUGCAAACCUUGUCCUGCCUGGACCCAUGAAGACACACAGCCACAGGCAGAGAAAAUGUUUUCCUGGCGUGUGUUACCUGUCUUGAUACCUCUGUGCCCAGAAUCCCACAAAACUCACAAUGCACCUUCUUUUUCUUUCAACUUCUUCAGAGGUUUCUCUGUGCUGAAGCUGCUUCCUUUAGACAUGGCUGUGAAUGUUCUCAGAGGCCAUGGACUGAUGUCACAUGAGUGUUUGUUGUGCUGGAGUUUCUGUGCCAUGAACAGCGUUUUAUAGGAAGCCACUAUGUUGUUAUCUAACCCUUAGCAGCAUUGUUUUUUGCACAAUUCCUAAACGUCUGGGCAAGCUCUGUACACACCGUGAAAUCCAAAAUGUCUUUGCAGAGUCUGGGUGAGACUGCUUGGUUCUGGAAGGACAGGGUUCUGUUUUAAAGUGAAGGAGAAAUCUGCUCUGUGAAUUAACCAUGAAUCCUUACACUAGAAAGGUGGAAGUUUAAGAAAUACUCUUUGUUCAAAUCCCAAGCUGUGUGUGACUUGAUUAGCUUUAUCCCCUUUUAUGCUAUAUUUAACCCAGUCAUGCAAAGAAAACCCUUAUCUCCAUCAUUAACCAAAUCCUCUGAUGGAUUUCCAUAUGCUGGGUCUUGAACUGCCAGUUGUUUCUUUAUAAUGAAAGCCGAUGCUUGUCAGCUUGCUCAUGAUUAAUGCUCUCAUACUUGCUUUGUCCAAGUUACAGUAGUUUUCUUGAAAUUUAGUAUGUUUUGCCUUUACAGUAGGGGAGCUCUGCAACACAGCCUGGUAAAUUGCUGCUUAGAAUGAUAGAAUCAGAGUAAAGAAAAACACAGCAGAAGGGUAGGUUCAAAUGGAAAGCAAACGAUAACCCAAAUUUCCAUAACACAUCAAGGCUAGACCAGACCAUUUGCUUACUUAUUUUGAUUGCUUUACAUAUUGGGUCACAAGUUUUCAGCUGUUUACUUUCUAUGUUCAACCUGGUAACUUGCAUUUAACCUAUGUACCUGUUCCAAAAAAAAAAAAA